CAGUCCACUUUAGAUAUUUUACAUCAGAAGAUUUUUCUGGUCAUUUUCGCCAUGGCACCGCCACAGAACGGAUCUAACCUAACGGGAAACUUUACGAACCAGUUCGUGCAGCCGCCGUGGCGCGUCGCGCUCUGGUCUGUGGCGUACAGCUCCAUCCUGGCGAUCGCGGUGUUCGGGAAUCUGAUCGUCAUGUGGAUCAUUCUGGCUCAUAAGCGGAUGCGAACCGUCACCAAUUACUUUCUGCUCAACCUGGCGUUUUCAGACGCAUCGAUGGCCGCCUUCAACACUUUGAUUAAUUUUGUUUAUGCCACGCACGGUGACUGGUAUUUUGGAGAAGCCUACUGUAAAUUUCACAACUUUUUCCCGGUCACCUCCGUGUUUGCGAGCAUUUACUCGAUGAGCGCUAUAGCAGUCGACAGGUACAUGGCCAUCAUCCAUCCCCUGAAGCCACGGCUCUCAGCCACAGCCACUAAGGUGAUCAUUGUGUGUAUUUGGGUUCUGGCUGUGGUUUUGGCCUUUCCUCUGUGUUUCUUUUCAACCAUCAAAAAAUUACCCAAGCGGACCCUCUGCUAUGUUGCCUGGCCGAGGCCUUCAGAAGACCCUUUCAUGUAUCAUAUCAUAGUGGCUUUGCUGGUGUACGUUCUGCCCCUGGUGGUCAUGGGAAUUACCUACAAUAUUGUUGGUUUGACGCUUUGGGGAGGAGAGAUUCCUGGAGUCUCAUCAGACAACUAUCAGGGCCAACUGCGAGCCAAAAGAAAGGUGGUGAAAAUGAUGAUCAUCGUGGUGGUGACCUUUGCCAUCUGCUGGAUGCCAUACCACGUAUAUUUCCUCGUUACGGGGUUGAACAAGCAGCUGGUUAGGUGGAAGUUCAUUCAGCAGAUCUAUUUGUCAGUCAUGUGGCUUGCCAUGAGCUCCACCAUGUACAACCCCAUUAUUUACUGCUGCUUGAACAGCAGGUUUCGGGCCGGCUUUAAACGGGUUUUCCGCUGGUGCCCUUUUGUGCGGGUGUCAGACUAUGAUGAGCUUGAGCUGCGGGCCAUGCGGCAUAAAGUAGCACGCCAGAGCAGCAUGUACACACUCUCACGAAUAGAGAGCACCAUCGUAGCUGUGUGUGACCCCUCAGAGCCAACCGGUCACCUAGGCCGAAAGAGCCUUCACCACCACCAGCACAACGGCUGCUCCAACCCUAACAAGAGCAAAGAAGUGACGUAUAUGCCGAGCGACCUGAAGGAGGAAUUCUGCUGAGAUGGACUUUGACGUAAGAUUCGUACUGAAGUAUCAAGAACAGCUGUUUUAACAAAGCCUCAUUCUGUAAAUUGGAAGGAGGUGAUGAGAAUUGAAAAGUAGACUGUUUAUUUGUCAUAUCAUUAAUUGAAAAUGCGAGUGUAUAACACAUAAACAGCAUCCUGAUACAGUAAUGUUUUGUGGCGUAUGUCUGGUGCGCUAUGCCUUAAAAAAAAAUGGAGUCACCCCCAGCACUCAUCACCACAAAGACCAAUAUUGUCCAGCAUCUGAGGAGCACUUUGUCUAUAGCAGAAAUUGUAGAUAGCGGCUGCCCUUUGAUGCCAUUCAGGUCCUGUACUCUUUCAUCAUGUGGUAAGCAAGGACAGCAUGCUACCUGAAUGCCAAAGUUUUGAUUUCUCCCAGGAGCUGAACACUCAAUACUUGUUAAAAUCUCUCAUGUUUGAAAAGGCUGAGACUGAUCCUGAGCUGGUAAAUAAGCAGGUGUGUUUCCAGCACACAAGCUGCUUGGCUGAAUCGUGUAGGGAAAUUUGUUAGCUUCAUAUUCUUUCCUGUUUAAUCUAAAACAUUUAAUGUAAUUGAUGAGGUGGUAAACCAAUUGUGCAUCAUCAUAUUAGCAUAGCAAAGA